UGCCCGGAAGACAAGGCAGAACGGCCUGUCGAUGAAUUAACCCCUCGGCGACGAAACUUUGACCCAGGAAUUAACAUACAUCAAUAAAAACAAAAAAUGACGCUGCAGAUAUCUGUCUUCCUCUUUUUCUUGACACUUAAAACAAUAAAUGGACAAUAUGUUGACGGAAGGGGAACUGGAAAUGGGUUCCAGGAAAACCAAUUCAGCGGUUCAGAACUUGGCAACUCAGGAAAUGUCCCUCCAGCAAGUCUUGGAUUCCCAGAGAGUGAUAGGGGAUUAUUCAGUUCUACUAACAACGUUGCGAAUUUAGACAAUGGUGGGAGGGGUUUUACUGGUAGCGCCAAUGGCUUCGGCGGUGGAGCUGGUACGGUUGAUACAAUUAGAAAUGGGAAAGGAAGCUACUUCAAUAAUAACGGGAUGAACAAUAAUUUUUCCGGGGGCCGAGGUUCAUUCAAUUCCAAUGGAAAAGGUGGAAGCAGUAGUCCAUUCUCUGCUAAUGGUAAUGGCGGUUCGGGUGAUUUUAAUGGCGGUUCAGGUGGUUUUGAUGGCGGUCAAAGUCCAUUUUCCACCGGAAUUGGUAAUAAUAAUGGCGGAUCAGGGAGUGGUGCCGGGAGUCCAUUCAGUAACGCGGGUAAUGGUGGAGGGUUUGGCAAAGGGCCCUUUAAUACAGCAGGAAAUGGAGGAGGAUCUGGUCUUUCCGGUUUAAAUGGUGGUUCCGGUCCUUUUUCGGCUGGAAAUGGUGUGGACGGGGGAAUGAAUUCGGGAGGAGGUGCAGGUUCCUUUAGCAAUAAUGGUAUUGGAGGGGGUAUGGGCAAGGGACCCUUUAACACAGCCGGAAAUGGAGGAGGCUCCGGUUUAAAUGGUGGUUCUGGUCCUUUUUCUAUCGGAAGUGGAAACAGCGGGGGUGCGAGUUCGGGAAGUGGAAGUGCAGGCCCAUUUAGUAACGCUGGCAGCGGUGGAGGGAUGGGCAAGGGACCAUUCAACACAGCGGGAAACGCGGGGGGUUCCGGACCUUUUAAUGCUAACGGUGGGAAAAUGUCGAGUCCGUUUAACACCGCUAGUAACGCAGGGUCAAACCAAUCUCCUUUUAAAACCACAGAUUCGAAAUUAGACGGAAAAAAUCCUUUUGACGCGUCGAAGUUUCAGGGGGUCGACUUCGGAAGUAUGGGUGGGGCUAUGGCAACAAACAAUGCCGUAGGUAACCCAAUUGGCUCGAACUCCCUGGCCCAGUCCCCUGUUGGCCCGGGGGGACUCGCUGGGUCAGCGUUUACCACUGACACUGGAACAGACGGGGGCCCUGGUGGAUUAGCCGGAGGGUCGUUCUAUGCCGGAACUGAUUCUUCAAGACCAGGGGGAUUUGGAGGUGGAAGUUUCCCAACAGAUAAUUCUCAGGAAGCUAUGUUUGUCAACACCGACACAAGCUUAGGAGAGAGACAGCCAUCGCGAUUUGAUACAGCGAAAUACGAACAGAUGUUGUCACAGAUGUACAACCCAAAAAAUUACGACAAUCAACUCGUGGAUAAACCGUUUGGUGGUCAUGAAUACGCUGGUUCCCCUCAAGUCACUAACACGGGGUCCUAUGGAUCAUCCUAUAGCACCGGUGUUAACGGCCAGGCGAGCCAUAGCUCCGCCGGUUCUCUGUCUGGCGGAAAGCAGACGGAUGAGCCAGGUCCGUUCGAUACCAGACCAUUCAAGCACGUACAAGGUCCGUUCAGUUCUCAUACCGGAAAUCAAUACAAAGGCUCCAACUACCAAGUGGAUGCAGCCUCCUCGCUCGGUGGACACAACUUUGCAGCUGUAGGAUACUCAGGAGGAUCGUACGGUGUGGAUUCCAGCGGAUAUUCUUCUGGAUCAGCGCAAUACAACGCCGGAAAUGCGGCCGCAUACGUCAGCGGGAACAACGCAGCUGGCGGAAGUUCCACUGGAUAUGAAACCCCAUUUGAUCGUCACGUGGAUAAUUAUAAUGAUCUUAUAUCUAAUCCAUUUAACUCUAUUAAUAUGAAUUCGAAUCCGAACCAAUACAGCAAAGGAUCAUACGGUUCGAUGUUUAAAUCCAACAAUAACUAUGGAGGAAUGUCGGAGACAAAUCCUGGCGGAAAUCCUUUCCGCCAAGGUGGCAACAAGGCCGGGGUGUCCAUGGCAUUUAACAACAAAGUAUACAACGGUUGAAAAGGAAUUUGAGACCCGUGGCGAAUAUCCACCUGUUCUUAGUAUCAUGUUUUUCUACACUGAUUAUGUCAAUAAAACAAUAUACACACUAACAAA